AGUGUUGGCGUGCAGUGUCGUAGUGGAGUAGCAAACAGUGAGACAGGCGGAUAGAAAGACAGGCAGAAAGAAAGACAGACAGACAGACUCCCCGCAGGGAUCCCCACGGUCACAGUCUCACAGAUAGACGACUAUGUGUGCUAGUGUAGAUGGCUGCCAGAGAGGAGUAACUUGGUGAACGGUGUCGCCAACAUUAUUUAGUCACCUAGAAAGUGUCCAGGACGCUAUUCACAUUACAAUGGAGCGAGAAUUUGAAGACAUUGAUUUUUCCGGAGGAUGGCAGAACAUUUAUAACGAAAUCCGUACCCAAGCCAGUGAAUAUCCCUACAAUGUAGCAAAACUCCCCGUGAAUCGAAAUUUGAAUCGCUACAGAGAUGUUAGUCCAUAUGAUCACAGUCGAGUGAAACUUGAAAACUCUGAAAAUGACUACAUCAAUGCAAGUUUAGUCACAGUGGAAGAAGCCCAUAGAACUUACAUUCUUUCUCAGGGGCCUUUAAGGAAUACAUGUGGUCACUUCUGGCUGAUGAUUUGGGAGCAGUGUUCCAAAGCUGUUAUAAUGCUGAACAGAAUAAUUGAAAAGGGAUCCGAAAAGUGUGCACAGUACUGGCCCACUACGGAGGAACUACAGAUGUCUUUUACUGACACAGGUUUUGUUGUUAGCCUACUUUCGGAGGAGGACCAUUCCUAUUUCACAAUCAGAGUGCUAAAAUUACAAAACGUAAAGACAGGGGAGUGGAGAUCAAUUUAUCACUUUCACUACACCGCAUGGCCGGAUUUCGGUGUUCCAGAAUCGCCUGCCUCCUUUCUGAACUUCCUAUUCAAGGUUCGAGAGUCUGGUUCACUGGGCACAGUUCAUGGGCCCUCAGUUGUGCACUGCAGUGCUGGUAUUGGGCGUUCAGGGACCUUUGCCUUGGUCGACACCUGCCUAGUCUUGAUGGAUAGAAGGAAUAACCCAUCCUCAGUGGACAUACAGAAGGUCCUUCUGGACAUGAGAGAAUACCGCAUGGGCCUUAUUCAGACUUCUGACCAAUUGCGCUUCUCCUACAUGGCUGUCAUCGAGGGAGCCAAACUCCUUGGGACCAACAGUUUAAAAAAGAUGUGCGGAGAUUAUAUGGAGCCAGAUCUGCCUCCGCCUCCACCUCCACCCAGACCUCACUUAAACAACAGUAGACCUUCGCUGGAAUCUCAGGUCACCUCAAAAGACCAUAUGCCCUUGCUGGUAGAGAAGCCUCAGGAACAAGACCACAGCGAGGCAGAAAGCACUGGACACGUGAAGAAACGACACCGUGAAGAGAGGAUUGCGAGCACUUCACAGAAGGUUCAGCAGAUGAAACAGAGACUGACCGACUCGGAGAGAAAAAAAGAGAAGUGGCAGUACUGGAGACCCAUUUUGCUUAAUGUCGGCGCUGGUGCCGCGUUGGCUUUUGGUCUGCUGGUUUGCUGGAUGUACUCCCAGUGAGCCUCUCUGUCACUUGGAACUGACUCUUAUUUUGCACCAGUACCUGAGAUUAGGUACUUCUCAAUGUAGAUUUAGAGGGUAUUUAUUUCUUGAGGUCAUAUUGCAGGAGCUCUAGAUCAAAUGACUGUGUAUAUUUUUAAUAGAUUUAAACAAAAUUAGUAACAUCUCAGGAUCUUGGUGCCAGCAUGAAAAUUUCCUUUCCUUCUUGUUUCUGAAUGUACUGUAUCAUUUCAUAAACAAUUGGUAUGAAUGGUGCAGCAUUCUUCAUUAAAGGGAUCCUCGAUCUUAAAGACAAGUAAUUCUUAAAAGAUAAAUGUUAGUAUGAGUUAUAAUAAUUUGAUUUUAAAACCCCUCUUAAUGUUUUCGUUUUGAUAAAAUGUGUACAAUUAUUUGAACUGAUAGGUCGCCAUUCUUGUUGACGUCGCAGUGCGGUGACGUCACCGGGCCCGCAGCUGAACUUCCAGCGUGUCACUUGUUAGCUACCCCAACAUGUCGUCGGUUCUGCCCUUCCAAUUUGAACCAGAGCGGAAAAGUGAAGAGCAGGAUAGCACUGUCGGUCGUUCACAAGACGAGCAGUAAAGGCAAAAUGCAGAGCAAGAAAUACCUGCUUAAGACAAGAGUUGGGCAAAACUGAUGAUGUACUUGCAGCAAGUGCGUCUCAAUGACAACGGAGCGAGAGAGCGAAUGCUGUUGCGAGCUCCGGUUUUUGUUAGCAGAUCUUCAAGGUGAGCUAUUACGUAAUCAAACUUAUUCCAAUAUAAUUUUGUAAAUUGUUAGCAUCCAGAGCUGUCGUGUGCUUUACGUACAGUACAGGCCAAACGUUUGAACACACCUUGUCAUUCGUGCAUUUUAUUUUCAUGACUGUUGACCUUCUAAACUCUCACUGAAGGUAAUAAAACUAUGAAUGCUGCACACGUGUGAUAGUCAGGAUCGGAGUCAUGUCGUGGCUGACUUUCCUCAUUAAAUUCGUCAUCCGGAUUGCGUGUCCUCCAUGUCUUAUACAUCCAACUAGCGUUUAGCUACGUAAGGGUGGUCCAUAUUAAGUAGGAGUGUGACAAAAUAUCGAAAUAGUGAUAUAUCGUGAUACUUUGUAUCCCAAAAGGUUAUCGAUAUGCUCCUGCAAAGAAUCGAGAUAUUGUUUUAAAAAGGUGUCAAUGUCUUAAAAAAAAAAAAAAAAAAAAAAAAAGGAAUCAACAACUUGCUACCAAAAUCUUCCACCAUAAUAGUGUCUCAGUUAACUCUAAGGCUGCAUUGACGGUGCACAACGCCCAAUCCAUUUAGACUGUGGAUUUUCAGGGCAUUUACAGGUCACUUGCGGUUCAUUUUAGGGCCUUUAUAGGUCAUUUCGUGUUGAGUUUGAGUCACUGCCUAUUCAUUUGGGUUAUUCCCAGGUCACUUCCUGUUCUGUAACUCAAAAUAAACAGGAAGUGACCUGUUAAAUACCCCAAAAUCAACAGGAAGUAACUGAAAAUCAACAGUUAAAUGACCUUAAAUAGCCCAAAAUUACCUCAUUGCCUGGCAUUGGCUGCCACUGACGGCCAUAGACGUUCAAUCCAUUUGAAGUGGGAGGAAUGGCAGCGAAUGAACAUCCAAUGCAUCGAUAAUCAUCGUAUAGCCCUAUCGUCAGAUCAUCGUUAUCGUGAGCUUUGUAUCUCAAAUCGUAUCGUAUCGUGAGGUACCAAGAGGUUCACACUCCUAAUAUUAAGUGCUCGGCGUGCAUCAGCUGACCACUGUACCGCUGCAUCGGACGUGUCUGGAUCAGUUCGAGUGGCAGCAUCACUCAUAUUAGGUGAAUACUGAACAGACACACUUACUACUUGAUGAACUGACAGUAGAGGUAAAUUAUUAACUUCCUCUGUGACUAGCAGUACGCCAGAAGGUUCGCCUACCGCUCUAGCGACAGGAGCGGCUUGCCUGCUUAAGAGAGCGGCCAGCAGUUUGUCUUUGGCGCUUAAUUGCGCGCAUUUCACUCGCUAUCCGAGCACGUUGAGGCUUCUUGUGAGGGGAAAAUAGCUGGAACAGCAUUUGAUUUUAGUCUCCGCUCAUAUCCAGCUGCUUCGGUGAGCUCUUUCAUAAGUUGUCGUCGACUAAAAGCCUCGUACGUGGUAGGAGAGCCUCGAACGCAAUAGGAGAAAAAUGGCAAGAACAAACCCUUGGGUCUUUGGGAAGUUUUGUCAGUCUACAGGCAUUUUCCCAAACCUUUCUCCUCUUCUUGUCAAUAGGAAAUCUGUGGAGACUCACAUCACGCCUUCUUGUUUCCAUUUGACUGGAAAUUGCAUCCAAAAGCAGCAAAUCGUGGCAUUUUACUUAGCGAGAUAAGGCUGCAAUACACAAUACAAUUGCUGUACACAAUUGGAAGAGUCCCAUUUACGUCAUGGCGCCAACUAUCGGUCGAAAUAUGUACUAAAUACUAUGAAAUAUUGCCAUUGAAUUAACAUUUUAUGUUUCUAACAACAUAUUUUAGUACAAGAGAACAAUAGUGGUUUAUUAGAGCCUACAUGUCUUUAAGAUCGAGGAUCUCUUUAACAAUUAUCAGGUGUAACCCAUCCCGUUUUUCAAAGUCAAAAUUUCUUUGCAGGAAUUUGAUCCUCCAGUAAAUUUCUUCCCACUCAGCCACCCCUGUUGAACUGCAUUCAUAGAUUUCUUAUUUGGGAAAUGCACAACUUGUUCUUCCAUUCAUACUCAGCAGGGCAUCCCAGAAUAGAUUGAGUAUAUAUUUUUAGAUGACUGGACACACAGAGAGCUGCCUUGCUUUUGUUUUAACUUCAGAAUUGUUUUCCCCUCUGUCAGCCUCUGAGCAUUCGUUCAGUUUUCGUGCCGCUCGUUUGAAUCCGUCAAUGUCGGGUAUUUCACCUCACGGUCGUAUUGACCCACUGGAUGGGCUUUUUUUUUCUGUCUUUACAGGUGUAUCCCACUGUCGCUCUUUAAGGAAACCAAAGCAAACCUGUUGUUUUUCCUCAAUUUUUCUACUCCGUUUUGGUGGAAUGUAUAUUCUAUUGGGUCUCUGACACACCUGACUCCUAUUACUUGUUGCACCUCGGUGUUGCUUGUAACCUAACUGGUUUGCAACGAACUGGGACCAAGCUAUAUUAGUUGGAAGUGCACAGCAGAUUGAAAUUCCUCUGUGCGCAAACAAGUUUCUACGAGCGCUUGCUGUUUGAGGAUGUGCCUUCGUGCGAUUUUAAACGGAACAAAUGUGUGCUACCAGGUAUCCUGCAGGCAUAAGAUCUAAGUUCAUGGGAGUUUUUAUUCCCCCAGAACAAAAAAAAAAAAAAGCAUUUGCUCUGUCCUGACUCACCAAGGAUUCUUUUCAUUCUGUCAUAAUCUUGGCUUGGGUUGACUUGGAUGUGUUGACGUUGACAUGGUUUACUGUCAGGCUUUUAUCAGUUAUUCAUUUUACCCGUAAAUAUUUUAUUCAUGGCAUUCCAGUUAUUAUUGCUUUUCCAGAUUCAAAUGUUUUAAGUAUGCCAAACCACAGUGAUAAGAUGUGUUGUUUGAACAAAAGAAAACGUGAACUGCUUCUUAAAUAAAACGUUUUUUCUUUUUUUCCAAA